AUGGCGGAGGGGCUGCUGCAGGUGGAGAUCCCGGACUUCGGCAGCAGCGUGCUGGGUAACCUGAACGAGCAGCGGCUGCUGGGUCACUACUGCGACGUCUCCAUCCUGGUGCAGGGUCAGGCCUUUAAGGCGCACCGGGCCGUCCUUGCCGCCUCCUCACUCUACUUCAGAGACCUGUUCAGCUCGGCGGCCGACUCCUCGUCCUCGCCGGCGGUGUUCGAGCUGCCUUCCUCGGUGACGCCGACGUGUUUCCAGCAGAUUCUGUCCUUCUGCUACACAGGGCGCCUCAGCAUGGCGGCCAGUGAGCAGCUGGUCCUCAUGUACACCGCCGGGUACCUGCAGAUCCAGAACAUCGUGGAGCGGGGCAUGGAGCUGAUGAUGAUGAAGGCCUCUUCAUCCUCCUCGCCUCUCUGCUGCGACUCACAGACAACCUCAGCAGACGAGCUCGGGGGCUUCGACGCCCCGAUGGUCCAGCAGCACAGCACCCCCCACCUGCCGGAGUCCAGUCCAGACCAGCCGUCCCUGAGCCCCGAGGAGCUGCUGCUGGCCGUCAGCAGGAUCAAACAGGAGAGAGCCGACACUCCUCCUGCUGAGGAGAACGGAGGAGGUGCAAGACGAGGAGCAAGACGAGGAGGAGAGGAGGCCAGAGUGGACAUGUCCGGAGACCUCCAGGCCACCAGGAGCAGUGCUCUGUGUUACCUGGGUGCAGGUGGAGGUUUGGUUCCAGGGCUGCAGUCCUAUUUGCUGGCGAACGGGGGGCGCUCCAGUCCAGGAGGAUCCAGCCUUCACACAGACUCCCCUCCCUCUCACCCCCCCACGGAGGAGGAGCUAGAGGAAGACUACUACGGGAACACCGUCCAAUCCGGACUCUACCAACACAUCUACGGACAUCCUGGAAACCCCUACAUCCAAGAGAAGAUGGAGAUGCUGUCCCUCCCAUUGGCUAAUGAGCGGCGGCCCUGCGUGCUGGUUGGUCGGGACAACAUGGCGCUCCCCGCCAGUCUGAUCAGUCAGAUCGGGUAUCGCUGCCACCCGUCGCUCUACACUGAGGGAGACCCGGGAGAAAAGGUGGAGCUGGUGGCAGGUUCAGGUGUGUUCAUGACACGAGGUCAGCUGAUGAACUGUCACCUGUGUGCCGGAGUCAAACACAAGGUUCUGCUCAGGAGACUGCUGGCCACGUUCUUCGACAGAAACACUCUGGCCAAUAGCUGUGGGACAGGGAUCCGCUCCUCCACCAAUGAUCCAAGCCGGAAACCUCUGGACAACCGAGUGUUAAACACUGUCAAACUCUACUGUCAGAACUUUGCUCCUAACUUUAAGGAGAGUGAGAUGAACGUCAUCGCGGCCGACAUGUGCACCAACGCUCGAAGAGUCCGUAAACGUUGGCUCCCCAAGAUCCAGUCUCUCCUCCCCGACAGCCUCCCCACCUCCUCCCACACCCGCAAGGCUAAGAGGGGAGGAGGAGGAGGAGGAGGAGGAGGCGGAGGUCAGGGAGGUGAAGCGACGCUGCAGUCCAGCGGCAGCCCCUUCGAACUGGACCUGCGGCAGCUCAGCGCCUCCUACCUCGGCCUGGAGGCGCCGCUGUACGGGGAGCGACGCGAGAGGGAGGUGGCGGGGGAGAGAGAGAGAGAGAGGGAAGGAGCCCCCCCCCUCCUGCCUCAUCUGCAGUUUGCUGGGUCUCGUGUGGGAGGAGGUGGAGCAGGGGGGGGGCAGGAGGAGGAGGUGCUGAUGGGCGGUGAGGUAGACGGGGGAGGGAGGCUACAAACUGAACAACCCCCCGACCUCCCCCUGUCCUCCUCCGCCUCCUCCUCCUCCUCCUCACACCCCUCCCCUCAGCCUGCAGAGCCCACCCUUCCUCACAGGGGAUUGGCCGACACAGAAGAGAGGGGGGCGGAGCCUCUGGAAGAUAGCCAAUAA